CAUAUGAAAAGUAAUCAGUUGACAGAUGUGCAAAAAUCACAUGUUUUUUUUUUAAAUAUAUGAAAAAUCGGCACGCAUUUGACAAUUUUGUCCUAGAAGGUCGAGUUCACUAAUAGCAGCAAGGACUUUUUGCUGGAAAUUUAAUUUUUUAUUGAUAAAACAUAAAAAAAAUGUUUUCCAGGUGUAUCAGGCCAACUCUUAUUUCUGCCAGAAAUUUUUCAACUUCCAAGCAGAACAAUUAUAAAGUCGCCGUAUGUGGAGCUGCAGGAGGAAUUGGGCAACCACUUUCUUUACUGUUGAAAAUCAAUCCCCUUGUUUCUGAAUUAUCUUUGUAUGAUAUUGUACACACCCCAGGUGUAGCUGCUGAUUUGUCUCAUAUUGAGACCGCAGCGAAAGUUAAAGGGUUCAAUGGACCAGAUAAUCUUUUGGAAGCCUUGAAAAAUGCUGAUGUUAUUAUAAUUCCAGCUGGUGUUCCCAGGAAACCUGGAAUGACUAGAGAUGAUCUCUUUAACACAAAUGCUGGAAUUGUGAGGGAUCUUGCAAAAGCAGCAGCUCAGGUUGCUCCUAAUGCAUUGAUUGGUAUAAUCACCAAUCCGGUUAAUUCAGCUGUACCAAUUGCGUGCGAAGUAUUGAAAAAGGCUGGAAAACUUGACCCCAGACGUGUCUUCGGUAUUUCAACUUUAGAUAUUGUAAGAGCUAACACUUUCAUUGCUGAAGCCAAAGGAUUAAAUCCUAAAGAUGUAAACAUACCUGUUAUUGGAGGUCAUUCUGGUGUGACCAUUAUUCCUUUGAUUUCAAGAGCUACCCCAUCAGUAAGUUUUCCAGAGGACCAACUAAAAGCCUUGACCACAAGAAUCCAAGAAGCUGGUACUGAGGUUGUUAAAGCCAAAGCUGGAGCUGGAUCAGCUACAUUGUCAAUGGCCUAUGCUGGAGCGCGUUUCGCCAACUCUUUAUUGAGAGGACUGAACGGAGAAUCGAACGUUAUUGAACCCGCCUACGUCAUUUCCGAUGUCACAGAAGCAGAAUAUUUUUCAACUCCUUUGAUACUAGGCAAAAAUGGUAUCGAAAAGAACCUAGGAUUAGGAAACCUCAGUGACUAUGAACAACAAUUAUUGAAAGCGGCCAUUCCCGAAUUGAAAAAGAACAUUCAAGCUGGAGUCGAAUUCGCCAACAAGUAAACAAACUUUACAAAAAAAAAAUCCUUUUACACAAACAAAUACAAAUAGUAUAUGGUUACCUCUAGGUCCUAAACGGGUAACUACUUUUUAAACGAAAUUUUAUAUGACCG